AAUAUUGUUACCCUUUCUGCAAAUUAUGUAAAUUAGAGAAGCAUUUCCCUCCCUCGGCGGCAACAUUCUCAAACACUGGAAUGGCGCCGGAAAAUUGCGCAGCUGACAAAGACAUCCCUGACGCCGCCGGCGACUUCCAAACAAGACGAAGGAUAUGCGCCAAAUGCGACAGGCCAGCAAACGUUUGCUUAUGCGCUACAAUCCCACCCGACCCGAUUUCGAACCUGACCCGAGUCGUUGUCCUCCAGCACCCUCACGAGCGCCGCCACAAGCUCGCCACUGUUCCUGUUCUGUCCAAGUGCUUGGGAAAUUGCGAGGUCAUUGCCGGACGGAGACUUCGUUAUGGUGAUUCAAAGGUCCUCGAUAAUCUUCAUGAUGAGGCAGUUGCAAACCCUAAUGUGCCCCGCAGAGCUGUUUUUCUCUUUCCUGGCACAGAAACAUCGGAAUCAAUGGAGAUCAACCAGUGGAAAUGUUCAACUAAAAAUUUUGAUAGAAGCAAUUAUGUCUUGAUUGCUCUUGAUGGAACUUGGAAGCAUGCUAAGGAGAUGAUGCGUGCUAGCCUAGAAUUUUUGUCCAAAUUUGCGGUCCAAGUUUAUUUUAGUUAUGAUACUAGCAUUGAUGGUGGAACAAUUUUCGAUUCUGAUCUAAUUCUCAGAAAGGAACCAUUUGGUGGGUGUAUGAGUACAAUGGAGGCAGUUGCUCACUGCUUACAGGUUCUUGACCCUAAUGGAGUUGAGAUUGAAGCAAGACUGCUCGAGGCUCUAAGGACUAUGGUUAGAUUUCAGACUAGCUUUUUGAGGCCUAUGAAACAACGGCCAAAGUUGGUUAAAAAAACCAAAGAGAAUGAGUGAGAAUUUACAAAAUGUCCAUACUUAAAGUGUAAGUUUUGUUGCUGGUGGUUCAAUCCAUUUACUAUUAUAUUUAAGAGGCCAGGUUUUGCAAAUUCAGAGCUUUGAGCUUAGUCACUUACUGGAUUAAAGAAGGUUAUUUACAAGUACCCAUCCUUUUUAGGUACUCUUUGAUCUAACCCCUGUUGUGUCUAUUCUCUAUAAAAUAGCAGGCUUUUGUUAAGUUUUGUGUGACUCUCCAAGCAAACAUCCAGUUGUCUUGAAUAAUGUCCAAGCAUAUGUGUUUAUCCCAAGUGGAUGCACGGGAACAUAUGCUUGGACAUUCUUCAGGAAUCUGGACAAAAUUCUGCCUGGAGAGAGCCAAACACAAUCUCAACUCUCAAGUGGCAGCACUUUUGGGCAUUCCAGAAGAAUACAUAGCAAUGGUCUAGAAACCAUUCAAGCUCACUGUAUUAACAUCUUAAUAGUCACGUGUGCUGAAAAGUGAAAAUAGAAGAUCAUGACCUUCAUAUGGAAUAGGGAAAUCUUAAUAUCACAAAAAGAAAAUUAAAAAAACCCCAUGGCCUCAUUGCUUAGUGCCUUGGUAAUUUGUAGUUUUUCGGAAUAACUAUUUCCAAAUAUGAGUAGCUCAUUUGGAGCUAUGUAGCAUACAUCUACCUGGACUUUACGAAAUUUGCAUCAUACGGAUGUUAGGAAUAUCCAUGAAACUAGCUUUGCACUUUGCUUGUUAGGUUUUACCGUUUUAAGCUUCUGAUAGAAAAGUAAUAGUCAGUUGACUACCAUUCUACUUUAUAAUUCCUUUCCCUAUAAUCAAUAAAGGCGACCCUCUUCUUUCCCCUAAAAAAGUAGUGUGGUAAUAACUCCCUUUUCCAUUUUUUUUUUUUUUCAUGAAGAGCAAUGCUUUUGGUUAAAUCCAUUAGCGAGCUUAGUAUUU